GUUUGCCAGGAACCGUCAGAGAAUGUGAACCUGGCCAGCCCCCGUAGUGCAUGUAAAUAUGGCGUCGGACGAAGACAGCGAUGAGGACUUUGUGACUUAUGGAACUCCUUUGGAGCCUCUGGAGGAAGAUGAACCCAUCAGAAAGCCGAUACCUGUGCAGGAGCAAACGGUUAAAGAUGAGAAGGGCCGCUACAAGAGGUUUCACGGUGCCUUCACCGGCGGUUUCUCCGCUGGUUAUUUCAAUACUGUUGGGUCCAAAGAAGGCUGGGCACCAUCUACAUUUGUGUCAUCCCGAGGUCAGAAAACAGAUAGGCAAAUGGUCAAAGUGGAGGACUUCAUGGAUGAAGAAGAUUUGGGUGAGCACGGCAUUGCACCACAACAGAUCAUCACCACCGAUGAUUUUGCUUCUGGGAGGCCGGACCAGAUCAGGGACAAAGCCCGAGCCAUCAGCUCGCUUACAGCUCCCAUCCCAGGUGACACUCUCCUGGAGGAGCUAAUAGCACCCGCAAGUUCAUCUGUAGGGGUGCAGAUGCUUAGAAAAAUGGGAUGGAAGGAUGGGCAAGGUGUGGGACCCCGAUUGAAGAGAAGGCAGCGCAAACAACACACAGAUUCUAAGGUGCAUGUCUGUGCUCUGCCACCCAAUGGAUCUGAGGAAUCUGAGGAUGAUGCCGAGUUUGCCCCCGAGAACGUGACCUUUGCCCCCAAGGAUGUGAUUCCAGUUGACUUUACACCUAAAGAUGACCUCCAUGGGCUCGGCUACCGAGGCCUCGACCCCCUACAGGCUCUGGGCGGCCAUUCCGGGAUGGGGCAUAUUGACCUCUUUACGGUGCACUCCGAUAGAUCGAGCAGUCUGUUUGGCAACAGGAAGGCAGGGCACCGACGCCAGGGUGGGAUCACGGGGCAGGCGUUUGGAGUGGGCGCAAUGGAGGAGGAUGACGAUGAUAUCUACCACAAAGACGCCAUGUCCAACUACGACGUCGUUCUUGGAGGGGAGGAACCAGGGGAUGGGCUUUUCGGGUGGACAGCCCCUCAGCAGUACACUACAAAGAAGAACGCUUUAAAACGGGAUGCAGCGUACGUGGGGAAGAUUCUGGAAGGUUUUAGUCUGACUUCCAAGCCUGCAGAGAUUAAAAAGGUGUUCCCACCACCUGAUCUGCCACGGGACUAUCGGCCUGUGCACUAUUUCCGGCCACCGGUGGACCCGUCCUCCGUCAGCCCACUGGUGGCUCAGGUGCUCCAGUCUUCACGUGGCCAGCUGUCUCAGAAUGCACCCCAGCAAAGCCGGCAUACACUGGACUCUGCUCAGAGAAGAGAGAUGUUGGGAGAAAGCAGCUUACAGGGUCCAAGUUCUGUGUUUGACCUGCUGAACAGUAAGGACAGGGACCGGUUGAGUGAGGUCCGGAACAGCCGUUUGCAGCCCAGCGCUUCUCAUUCUACCCCAGAUACUCAGCCUCAGGUUUCUAAAGCCCAAGCAGACACCCAGCUCCAGGCUUCCUCUGCCACACAGCAGGCUCUCAGUGCCUGGACGAGCCCCGCAGCUCAAACCGGUCAGACUUUUAAGCCGUUUCAGAAUAACCCAGAGAAACAGGAGCGAUAUGACCUCUAUAUCAGCCGUCUAAAGCAGGGAAACAAAGACGCUCUGGAGUCGAGUCUGGACCCGAGUAUGACCGAGUGGGAGAGAGGACGGGAGCGAGACGAGUUCACGCGCGCGGCCGUGCUCUACAAGCCGAGUAACUCGUCGCUUUCUUCUCGCUUCACCCGCGCCAAAGCCGAGGACGACACGGACUCUGUAGAGGUGACACGAGAUGAAGAGAGUGAUGUCAACGACAAGCAGGCAGCAGUUAAGAUGAAGAUGUUUGGAAAAUUAACAAGAGACACCUUCGAGUGGCACCCAGAUAAACUCUUGUGCAAGCGGUUUAACGUCCCACAUCCAUACCCAGGCUCGAGUAUAGUGGGCCUGCCCAAAGUUAAGAGGGACAAGUACUCUGUAUUUAACUUCCUGACUGUAUUGGAUAAAGGACAGAGCUCUCAAGCCAGCCCGUCUUCCGGCCCAGCUUCCUCCGUCACUCCCGCCCCUUCAGCUUCAAACAAACGCUCCAGGUGGGAUGUAGCUGAACAGGAAGCGAAGGUUAAAGAACCUCCUAGAGUCACCGAUGAGGCUCCGGUUGCUCCAGUGCAACAACAGCAGGCAGGCAGUGUUCCAGCACAACCAGGCUCUGUUACUGCUGUCAAGUCUAAAGCAGCUGAGACCGACACCAAGCAGACCGACAAGAAGACUGAGGAUGACGAGGAGGCUGAAGAAGAAGUCAGACCUCCAAUGGAUCUCUUUAAAGCCAUCUUUGCCAGCUCUUCGGAUGAGAAAAGCUCAUCUUCAUCCGAGGAAGGCAGCGAUGAGGAGGAAGAACAGGAGGUGGAGGCUGUGAAAAAUGUACCAGUCGUGCCCAGUGCCGCUUCGGGUUUUACUCGGCCUCCUCCCAUGCCAAGUCGUAGUACACCGACAGAACCGAAGCCUCCUCCUGACCAGACACAGCAAGCCAGUGCUUCUACUGCUCCUGCUGUACAAACUAGAGAUCUUGACUGUGAGGAGUUCGGACCCAGGCUGCCUCCACCUGGUCUAACGUUCCCAUCAUCAUCAUCAUCCCCACCAGCACAGGAGGAAAAACACAAGAAACAAAGCAAAGCGAAGCACAGAUCGAAGAAGGAACACAAACAGCGCAAAGAAAAGAAGCAUAAAAAGAAAAGUAAAAAGCACAAGCAUAAGGGCAAAGAGAAGAAGAAGAAAAAGAAAGCGGAGGUGUCCGACACAAGUUCGAAUGAAUCAGACACGGACAGCGAUGACAUAAUAGAGGCAGGGAGGGCGACAGCGUCCACGCAGGACCUGCUUCAGAGAUUGAAAAACCUCCAUGGAAAGAAGUGAUUGUGCUUGAAGAUGAAUGAACUGUCCUCCAUGAGGAUUUGAUUUUGUGUGAAAAGACUGCACACGAAGAUCUGCAUUUAUUUUCCCUUCACCACCCCUGCUGUUUUUUUCUUAAUUAAGAAAUGAACUUAAAAAAUUGUACAUGCAUUUAAAAUAAAAGAAAUGUGAUGAUAAA